CAUUGUCAAGGACCGGAGCAGUCGGCCGUAGCACAUGAUUUACAUCACGUCUUGGCUGCUGAGAGGAAUUCCAGCACCAACAAAACGACUCUGUGCUAUUGUACAAAUUUAUGUUCAACUCUCCCCCUUUGAUCUUAUCUUGAUCAGGUCACAGACGGGCCCAAACCAUCAAACUGUAAACUUUAAAAAAACACAUACACUUGAGGCUGCCUGAGUGGGGAAACAGUGCUGUUUACUCGUAUUUUAUCUUUGAUUACAAAUACCUAGGAAGCCUUGUGAUGCCCAGGUUCAAUCCGCAUUAAUAGGUGACUUAUCCUGUUUCUGGCAGACGGAGACAAGCACUCACUUUGACACAAAGAACAGAAGCUGCAGAAGAAAUGCAAAUAUUUACCAGAACCUUGGAAAGACACAUCAGCACUAAUGUACUAUCAGGCCAAAGAAGGAAUGGAAAACUGUUAUGUGUGCGUGUUUACCACUGAAGGCAGAAUUGUAAGACAAUUGCUCUCUGUGUUUACACAUCAGCUCUGUAACUCAGAGGGAAAGCUGUCCUGUGAGUCUUGCUGGUAUCAAACGGCUGUGUGUGGAGGCUGGUGUUUCAGGUUAAACUGGCUCACGGCGAUGUGGGUGCUUCCCAGAAAAACAUACACACACACACACAAGCUGGCGACAGUGAAGCAAUCAGCACUUUAUUCACUUUUUUGUGUGAGCCGUGAGGCAGCCGGCUAAUUCUGUUUUCCGAACGUUCCAGUCGGAGAGGUAGGGAGGGAGGGAGGUGCCCAAAGCUGAGCGCACCUUUUUUUUUCUAAACACACUUCAGAGGUGGAUUAGUAGAACCCCCCACAGCAAGGCUCUUCAGUGUAAACACAGCCUCGUUCCUUCCUGUGUGUUCACAACACCGGCCCUGGAGUGGGCUUUGUUCCGGAUCCUUCCCCUACGAAGAGGUGACGAUGACGGACCGAGGAGCUGCCGAGAGAGCCUGCAAGGACCCCAACCCCAUCAUCGACGGCAGGAAGGCCAACGUCAACCUGGCCUACCUGGGCGCUAAGCCUCGCAGCAUACAGACAGGCAUAUCCAUCGGAGUGCAGCCCAUUCACCCAGCGCUCCUCCAGAGGCAGUAUGGGUUGGCUCAGCCAUACGUCUACCCACAAGCAUUUGUGCAGCCCAGCCUGGUGCUGCCCACUCAGGUUUCCACUUCUGUUAGCACCAGCCCCUACCUGGACUACAGUGCGGCCUACAGCCAGUACGCCCAGGCUGCCUUUGAGCAGCAGUACCCGUACGCCGCCUCCCCAGCCGGCUUCCUGAGCUACAGCUACGCCACCAGCCCCACGGCCUCCGCUGGCCCGGCCACCGCCGCCACGGCCCCUGCCACCGUACACCCUACCCUGCCCUCCGCCGCCGGCCCCGCCCCAGCCUUCCUGCACUACGCCCCCCAGCAGCACAUCCAACCGGACCGCAUGCAGUGAGCAGAGAGGAGGGAGCAUCUUGGGGGGGAGGAGGUGGGGGAGUCGUGGUUGUGGACCUUUGGACAGAGGAUAGUGAAACGCCCUACAGGGUGACCGUGCUGCUGUCAGCAGCGGCUUUCAGGAAAAAGGGUGGGACCAUUGCACUAUACGAUCAGGAUGAGCUGCGAGCUCAUUGGUUAAAGGGUGAAUGAUGGGAGGACUGUUGGGAUUCAGGUUGGGAAGCCAAACAGCAUAAAGUAUGUGGUAGCUUCCAAGGGCUUCCAGAAGCUGACACUUCAUUUUUUAUUAUUAUUUUAUUGUCCUUUAUUAUUGUAUUAAUGUUGUCAAUGUCUGUUUGUAUGCCAUUAUUAUCAUUGUUAGCAUGUUUUAGGCUCAAUCAGUGGAAGUACUAUUUGUCCGUGGUACAUAUUGAUGUUUUGAGAGCUGUCUGAGACAUGUGACACCUCUUUCCCCCCCUGAUUCCAGAGCGUCUGGGGUGGAUAUGAAGGGCACCGCUGCUUUAGGACACUGGGGGACAGUCAUAGAUGGGGGGUGCAGGAUGAAGACAGGGUGGUGAUUGGGGAUAGCACCCAUCCUGGUGCUAUCCACAGCGAGGUAGAGCACUGCCCCAUGAACAAACCUCCAGCGUUCAGCUCCACACAGGAGGACGACGAGAGAUUUCACCUCAAGGACAAAACGGAAAGAUUCAAGAUGAGAAUGUGGGAGUUCUGUUGUUUUGAGAUGAUGUCAGGACUUCACUUUUUUAUUAUUUUGAUUCAAGAGGCCUUAAUAAAAAAGAAAUUCCUUUUUUGAAUCUCCUGAUUUUUUUUUUUUUUCUUCAGAUGCUCCCCAAACCACAGAAAGCCCUUUGUAACUGACUGUUUUCAAUAGUCACAAUAAUCUGACUUACUGGGGUCUUGAUAAUUUCAGACGGAUGAAGAUAAUCACAAGCAGUAUGUGGCCGAAUGGGAGCAGGAGCUUUGUAUUUGUUGAAAGGUAGCUGACACUGAGCUCAAAUACCAGUGUUUGUUUGUUUUCCUUUUCUUUCUUUUUUUCUUGUCACUGAGAUUGUCAAACUGUUGCUCUCAAAAGGACAUUCAUGUACAGCAUUUUAAAAAUGUUUCUGGUCAUCAAGUACAUUUACAAUAUUUAUAUGUAGGUAUUUAUAAGAGGUACUAAGUUAAAACAGCUUUUUUUGUUGUUACUAUGAUUAUAGUUGUGGCACUGAUGUCCUUUAAGGCACGGAGGAAGAGCUGCAGAUCCCCGGACUCAUUUUGUUUGUUGUCUGUGGAUUUGCCAGCCUGUUCGUAGAUGCUCGUUUGUAGAUCCUUGACUGGUUUCAUUGGAAAUUCUCUAGAUUUUUUUUUUUCCAGAAAGAAUGUCUUUUACAGUCCCUUCAAAGAAGCCAUACCAAAAAAAAUAAAUAAAGAAUUUGUACUUAAA